UCCCCACGUCACUCCCUCACUCUCCAAAACCCUUCAUCUUCUUCCCGAUCAUCUCUCUCUCCUCGAACCUUCUUCUCCUCAGUCUAAAUUCCCAUCUCUCGUCAAACACAGCCACUCUCUUUCAAGCGCGCUUCAAAAUGCGUGAGAUUCUCCACAUCCAGGGAGGCCAAUGCGGCAACCAGAUCGGCGCCAAGUUCUGGGAGGUCGUCUGCGCCGAGCACGGCAUCGACUCCACCGGUCGUUACCAAGGCGACAACGAGCUCCAGCUCGAGCGCGUCAAUGUCUACUACAACGAAGCCAGUUGCGGGAGGUUCGUCCCACGCGCCGUCCUCAUGGAUCUGGAGCCAGGCACCAUGGACAGCGUCAGAUCUGGACCGUACGGCCAGAUAUUCCGGCCCGAUAACUUCGUUUUCGGGCAGUCCGGUGCCGGCAACAACUGGGCUAAGGGUCAUUACACCGAAGGCGCCGAGUUGAUUGACUCUGUUCUCGAUGUCGUUCGGAAGGAGGCUGAGAACUGCGACUGUUUGCAAGGCUUUCAGGUUUGCCACUCUCUCGGAGGAGGUACUGGUUCUGGAAUGGGAACGCUUCUCAUUUCCAAGAUACGAGAGGAAUACCCGGACCGAAUGAUGCUCACCUUCUCUGUAUUUCCGUCGCCAAAGGUGUCAGACACCGUCGUUGAGCCUUACAAUGCAACUCUCUCGGUUCACCAGCUUGUUGAAAACGCAGAUGAGUGUAUGGUUUUGGACAACGAGGCUCUCUAUGACAUUUGCUUCCGAACACUCAAGCUCACCACUCCCAGCUUUGGGGACCUCAAUCACCUGAUUUCUGCUACCAUGAGUGGUGUAACUUGUUGCCUUCGUUUCCCUGGUCAACUCAACUCGGAUCUCCGUAAGCUUGCUGUCAAUCUGAUUCCAUUCCCGCGGUUGCACUUCUUCAUGGUUGGGUUUGCUCCACUUACAUCCCGUGGAUCCCAGCAGUACAGGGCCCUUACUGUUCCAGAGCUCACUCAACAGAUGUGGGAUGCAAAGAACAUGAUGUGUGCUGCUGAUCCUCGUCAUGGACGGUAUUUGACUGCUUCAGCUAUGUUCCGUGGCAAGAUGAGCACCAAGGAAGUCGACGAACAGAUGAUCAAUGUGCAGAAUAAGAACUCAUCCUACUUUGUUGAGUGGAUCCCAAACAAUGUGAAGUCUACUGUUUGUGAUAUCCCACCUACUGGUCUGAAAAUGGCUUCGACCUUCAUCGGCAACUCCACUUCCAUCCAGGAAAUGUUCAGGAGGGUGAGUGAGCAGUUCACUGCCAUGUUCCGCAGAAAGGCUUUCUUGCAUUGGUACACAGGAGAGGGAAUGGACGAGAUGGAGUUCACCGAGGCAGAGAGCAACAUGAACGAUCUGGUUUCUGAGUACCAGCAGUACCAAGACGCUACAGCAGAUGAGGAAGGGUAUGACUACGAAGAUGAAGAGGAAGUUCAGGAGGAGGCUUGAUCUUGAAUUCUCGGUCUGUUCUCUUUUUGCUGCAGUUAUGUUGUGGAUUUAUUAAUCUGGUUUUGUUCGUUAGUAGCUUAUUUGGGGUUUGGAUUGCUGUAUUCUGGUCAAUUCCUUGGCCAUUACCGCAAGUUUGGUUUUUUAUUUUUUAUUUUGGUUCUCCUUAGUUUUUAGAUGGUAUUAGUAGUCUGAAAAUAUGUGAAAUGACAAAAAAGUGUUAAUUGAUGUCUGUGAUAUAUUAGGGUGGUGUUAAGUAAAGAUUGCGAUGAUUGAAUGCCUUUUGUUUGAUGGUGGAUGGAUUAUAUAUACAUGGCCUCUGGUUUCAGGGUGU